GUCGUGUCGUCAGUCAAUUGUAGAAUAUCGUUGAUGAUAGUCAAUCGUAAUAGCGGUGUCUUAGAAUCAAUUAAAUAACGGUGAAUUAAAUUUUUCGCAAAAUGGCGGACGAAUAUUACCACGUGGUGACGAGAAUGGAAGAUAUAACUGAACAGGAUGAUCGUCACUUGGCGGGCGCGAGAAAGGAAAUUCGAAAUGGAAAUACGGACUUAACAGUAAUUAUACCUGAAAAUCCGUUUCCCGAAAUAGAAGUGGACGCUUACCCGCCGUUAAAGUUUUCGUGGGUUAUCCCCAAGAAAUUGGCAGCAAUGGCCUUCCCUAGACAUAAGGAGAAUUUGAAGUUUUUAGUCAAUCAAGGUAUAACGCACCUGGUCACUCUGACGGCGGGAAAAAAGCCACCAGUUGAUGACAUGCCGAGGUUGAAGUGGACAGAAAUACCCGUGGAAGAGUUCGAUGUACCCACGGUAGAGCAGAUAGAGAAAUUCAUAGAUAUUUGUAAGAAGGCUGAUAAAAAUGGAGAGGUGCUCGGCAUACACUGCAGACAAGGCAGGGGUCGUUCCGGCGUGAUGCUCGCCUGCUACCUCGUACAUUUUCAUCGAUUCGACCCGGAACAGGCGCUCAAUGUUAUUCGAAUGAUACGAAAUGGAUCAUGCGAUUUCUGCGAGCAAGAGGAAGCCGUGGGACGGUAUUACGAACAUUUGACAGAAAAUAAUCCCCUCCGCUUUGGAGUAAGCGGCGAAGUAAUGGAAGAAUUUAUAGAAGCAGCUAAGGAAUAUACGAAAAAAGCACUAUUAUAAUUUAAUUCCUGAAUUUUAGGCUAGGGCAAACUCAGAUUUGCAUACUUUAAUUAUGUAAAGUGAAACUUCUCUAUGAGGGUUGAGAGUUAUUUCAAGGUCGCGUCAUGGCACUACUUUCACGUCAUGGAGUAAGGCGACGACUUUGAUAUCUUUGAAUUUUGAAGUUUCACUUCUGACACGUGUGCUCUGCACACACGCUCUUUUUUAAAUGGUAACCUUGAUUGAAGAAACGAACGUUGUUAUGUUUUGUUUAUUUGAUCUAUUUUUAGUGAUACAGCUAGAUUUUAGAUUAUUUUGCACUAGUUUUCAUCAAAGCAGUCGUAAAAUUAAAUGUCGGAAACGUUAAUUCUGUACAGGCGUGUUUAAUCUGUUUAUAUUGGCAAGGUUACACGGAAGCAUAAUAUCUAAUUAAGUAUUAUGCUUUCAUUAGAGAAAUGAAUAUCAUUUUAAUUUUCAUCUAGUUAAGUAAAAUAGAUUUUUUGAAAGUUUUGAUUAAUUGAUACUCGGUGCCGAAUUAAUAAAUUAAAUUUGUAUAAGGUAAAUGAUCCGAAAAAUUCCUAUAUAAAUUAUAAAUUUAUUUUUAAUUGACUUUUUUUGAAAAAUUAAAAUAAUACCUCACGUAAUUAUUCUCACCAUGCAAUAUUUUUGUCGUAACCCUGUACACAAUUUAUAUUAAUAAAAAAUAUUUUUUAUAGCUCAUUAAGUUUGUGCGAUGACUGUGAUGCAAUGUGUGAUUUAGUUAAAUAUGUGUUAAAGCUGUGUACCUGAUAUAUUGUUUUUAAAAUAAUAUAUUGUUUGAUUUA